AGACACACACACACACACACACACACACACAUGCUGCUGCCUGUUUCACUAACACAACUCCACAGCACACUUCUCCAGCUCUGAAUGCUGGAAUCACAUGGCCAGAGUGUGGGACAGAAACGAACUCAACAGCAGGAUCUAAAAUGCCAAUCUUUGGAAGAUAGAGGGAGCUUUUGUCUGAGAAAAGGACGACAAGAAUUCCAAAAAAGGAGCUGGACUCUUCAGAGAGCAUUUUUGUGUACCAGCACACUUAUUCAAAAGACUACAACAUACAUACAGACACAACAUGCUGCAGCAAAUCCUAGCUGACAUGUACAUCGACCCUGAUGUACUAGAGGCCUUAAAUGAGGAACAGAAGAAGAUUCUGUUCUUCAAAAUGAGAGAGGAGCAAGUCAGGCGCUGGAAGGAGCGGGAAGAGAAGGAGGGCAAGGAGGGGAUAAAAAAAGAAAAGCUCCAGCAAAAGAAAGGCCCUUGUAAAAGUGUGAGCUGGCUGCUUGGCAGCGACGGUGAUGUGCAUGUGUGUAUUAUCGGAGAAUCUGACGAGCUCAAAUCUCCAAAACUCAUUCUGUCCGAGCUGAAAAACAAAGCUGUGGCCAACCCCAAUACUUUCAACAGAGCAAAAGCAGAACCUGUAAAUAGCAGCUUGACCAAACCCAGCAGAGCACAACAAACCAGCACAGAAUCAGGGAUCCAGCUACUGCUCAAGGAUGCCAAUGUCACACAACCUCUCCAUGUUGAGCCUGUUUAA